ACACACACACACACACACACACACACACAGGUAGAGCAGCAACCUGCAGGACAAUCUGGGCUGCAGGUUACAUAAGAAGCAGACAGAGAGGCUGUGUGCUGCUCCAGCUGCCCUAUCAUAUCUCUUUAAAUGAGAAAGCGCUGCUCCGCUCUGCGUGUGUGCGUAUGUGUGUGCGGAGGAGAAAUUACGGGACAGAGAGGGCCAUUCUGCCGGGGAGGACGACAGGGAGACCGAAAACACAACCGAGACGCCGCUUUGAUUAGACCCUUCACGUUUCUGCAGAGGAGGUCGUGCUUCGGUUCUCCUCUGCGUUCGACGGAUUCGGAUUGUGGAGCCGGGCGCUCUCCCUUACACGUAUGGGCUCGGCAGGCGCAUCCCUCGCAUCCUGAUAGCACACAACGGGCAACAUCUUCAUCUUGAUCUAUUUUGACCGCCCUCUGCGCCGAAACACUGAAGGACACGCGAUCAAGAGGCAGCGGCGAGAACAGCGCGUUGACCAUGGAUUAAUGGCUGAGUGCAUUUUCAUCUGAGAGGUUCCCAAUGUUGAACAUGUCAACCCCCAGCGAGCUGAAGUCUGCCUGUGUGACUCGCAACGGAAUGGUGAAGUUGCCCCCCAGCCAGCCCAACGGUCUGGGUAGUGCGAGUAUCACCAAAGGGACACCUGCUGCCAAAAACCGCCUGUGCCAGUCCUCAUCUGUACCCUCCAUCCUGCCUACUCCAACAUCCUCCCUGCCCUACCACCACCACCUGGACGGCCCUGGCAUGCCCCACUCGGCAGCCUCUCUUUUGGGCACUGACAUGGAGCCUGGAAAGCCUCUGGUAGGCUUGAAGCCUUCCCUUCGCCAGCUUCCCCCUCUCACUCUACCCAAACCGAUGCUGCUGGAGCGUCAGCUUGUCCUGGAUGAGAAGUUGCUCAACCGACUGCUCUGGUAUUUCACCACAGGUGAAAAAUGUGUGCUGGCACAGGUAUGCAAGACAUGGCGAAAGGUGCUAUAUCAGCCCAAGUUCUGGGAGGGUGUGACACCCAUCUUGCAUGCCAAGGAGCUCUACACCCUACUGCCCAAUGGGGAGAAGGAGUUUGUUAGUCUACAGGCUUUCGCCCUUCGUGGUUUCCAGUCUUUCUGCUUAGUGGGUGUGUCAGACCUGGACAUUUGUGAGUUCAUUGACAACUACCCACUGUCCAAGAAGGGUGUCCGCUCAGUCAGCCUCAAGAGGUCCACCAUUACAGAUGCUGGUUUGGAGGUCAUGUUGGAGCAAAUGCAAGGACUGAUGCAUCUUGAACUGUCAGGCUGCAAUGACUUCACAGAGGCUGGCCUGUGGUCUAGUCUGAACGCCCGUCUAACUUCCCUCAGCGUCAGUGACUGCAUCAAUGUGGCGGAUGACGCCAUUGCUGCUAUCUCACAACUCCUACCUAACUUAUCAGAGUUGAGUCUGCAGGCUUACCAUGUCACUGACACAGCCAUGGCCUACUUCACAGCCAAACAGGGCUACACCACCCACACUCUGCGGCUACACUCCUGUUGGGAGAUCACCAAUCACGGUGUGGUCAACAUGGUGCACAGCCUUCCCAACCUGACUGCCCUCAGCCUCUCUGGCUGCUCCAAGAUCACUGAUGAUGGUGUGGAGCUGGUUGCUGAGAACUUGCGUAAGCUCCGCAGCCUGGAUCUAUCCUGGUGCCCUCGGAUCACUGACAUGGCCCUGGAGUACAUUGCCUGUGACCUGCAUAAACUGGAAGAACUGGUGCUGGACAGGUGCGUGCGGAUUACAGACACUGGUUUAGGGUACUUGUCCACCAUGUCGUCAUUAAGGAGUCUCUAUUUGCGCUGGUGCUGUCAGGUGCAAGAUUUUGGACUGCAGCAUUUGUUUGGAAUGAGGAGUCUUCGUCUUCUGUCCCUUGCAGGCUGCCCCCUGCUGACCACCACUGGUCUGUCGGGCCUCAUCCAACUGCAAGAACUGGAGGAGCUGGAGCUGACCAACUGUCCCGGAGCCACUGCAGAGCUCUUCAAAUACUACUCGCAGCACCUGCCCCACUGCAUGGUCAUUGAGUAAGACCACUGACAACUGGCCAACCGGCUGACCAGCCGCCAUGCUUCAACCCUCCUCCUGUUUACUCUUUCACUUUUUUCCCCAAAUGCUAAUCAGGAGACUGAACUGAUCCUAUAGUACCACACUGUUCCUCAUUACCGGUCCCCCUACCCCACGUCUUCCUCCACACCCAUUGAGAAGACUGACCCACAGGCGGACAGAGGCAGGAAGGCAGAUGAUGGUACAUGCCAGACCCAGUGGAUGAUGGGAUGGCGUUUGAGCUUCAUUUGAAAAAGGCACUGGCGUGAAGAGCUUGGUGUGACGUCUUGUCUGACAAGUUUCUUUUUCAGGAUCAACAACAGGUUUUUGUUUGCAGACAAGAGCUUCUCUACAGACUGAUUUUUUUCAGCUGAAUGGAUACUGAAGGGAAUAACAUUCACAGAUAAAUAUGCAGCGUGAAGAAGUUUGGAAAAAGGGAAAUAGACCUUUGUGUUUGAGCUGAAAUGGUGGAACUCACACAUGCGCUCAUACACAUAUUGUACAUGGUAAGUGAACAAAUGUAAGUCUUCAAGACCAUGAGUACUGAUAUUUCUAUCAAUCAGUCUGUGUAAUAAACUGCUGGUUUUCUUUUUCUCAGAGGGUAUCUAUCACAGGUAGAAUUUUAUUUGUGUAGAGAGACAGCACAUGGAGACUGGAGAGACAAGGAUGAACAAAAGAUGCAGUUCAGGAAGUGAAUGACAGGGACGGAACAUUUUUCUCUGUGUGUGGUGUGUAUCAUGGACUCGCAGCUUUUUGGGAUACCACCAACUAUUUCCAUUUUUAUUUCAUGUCUUAUCAGAAAUCAAAAAAGGAGAAACUGAAACCCAACUGUUUUCAUUGUUUUUUGUGUUGAAAUUGCACGCUUUUUUGUUUUCUCUUUUGAUCCUCCCGUCUUAAUUUUUUGUAUACAUAUAUUUUAAUUUACAAAUCUGCAGGAGAAGCUGUCAUACAUUAUGAAUGUUGUGCUUUUAAAGGGUAAACGUGUUACUGAGGCAACGUGAAGCAGUCAGUCUAAGUGCUUUCCGACUUGGAGUUUCUGCUGAAUUUAAAAUGCUUUCUCUCAAACAAUGGAUAGAAAUUAAUCAUAAAUGGUAAACAAGGCAAAUGUGUGACUUAAACCCACAGUGAUAACUUCAUAACUUUCUAACCUCUUGCUCAAACUCAUUAUUUAUGUCCAUCUUUUAAAUGCAGAUAGAAACAGAUCUGAAGCUGCUAAUGCAUUUUGUGACCCCUCUGGCUCGGGUCAUGUUACCCUCUAAGGUGAAUUGGAGAGGCUAGGGGAUUUCUGUAUUAAUCAAUCUUUUAAAAUGAACUGGAGCCAAGGGUCCUUACAAUGUAGCGGUUUUAAAAUAAUCUAGUUCGUGAGAAUUCUAAGGUUUUUCCAACAAACCCAGAGUCAGAGAAAUGUAAUGGUUAAAGGCUAAGAUCUGCCACAUGGCUGCAGAAUUUGACAGGGCAUGUGCAGUCACGUGAUCAGAUAGGCUGUAAUCAAACUAUCUGGUUAUUGUAACUUGAAAUGUAAAAUUAUUACUCAAAUCUAAAUUGUAAUAAACAUUAGCUUAACAUACUAUUUCAAGUUCUCAUACACAUCGGUAAACUAAGCUAAGCUACAAUUCAGCAUCUUUAUCCGAUUAAAAAAAGAAAAACAACCAAAUAACUUAUUUAAGAUGGAGAAAAAGGUUAUCAUGUUACAAAGGAAAAUUAAGUAGUUGUCUUUUCCCAUCAGCUGAUAUCUAAAGCAGAGGAAAUGAAUAAGCUCAGCAGUCAGCCACUGUGGUGCUUUUUGCUUCUUAUUUGUCCUCAGAUGUGCUGACUGCCACCUGAAAGAUUGGAUCUGUGUCUGCUCGUAUCAGGUUGUGCCAAAUGCAUCCGCAGCAGCGCAGAGAAAGUGGCUGGUUGCCUCUUACUGAUUACUGACCGCACUAAAACGGACUGUUAUGUACGGACACAGCAGACCAUGCAUGUUUUUAGUUGGUCUGCAUUUUCAAAUUUGAGGAGGUUCAUUUUAGAGGUUGAUCUGCAUCUCUUCAUUGUACAUAAAUUUAUUUAUUUAUUUAUUUAUUAUAUAUUUAUUUUAAUCAAUUUGUGUCUUAUGUGAUUUAUUUAUCAAAGUGACAUUUUUCAAAGGGUUUUAUUCUAUGGAACUUCACAUUUGAGCCUGAAUAAGCUAAUGCAUUCAUUGUUGGUUUUGUACUUUUAGUUUUCACAUUUUAAAUGAUUUUCUAACAUUUGAGACCCCGUAGUGAAACAAUCUACAUCUUACACAUUUAACAGCACUCUUUUAGACACCAGUGACCGUUAACAUCGUAAAUGCCUUUUAAGUCUUCAUCAUCUGCAAGAAUAUAUUUUCCUCUGUGCAAGUGCGUAUCAAAUUCUUCAUCACUGUUUCAUUAUUGAGAACAAGGAAACAAACAGUGGUGAAAAGUUAUAUUUGCUGUCAUUUUUCAGAAUGUGGCAGCGAAACACAGAGUAUUAUAUACAAAGAAGAAUUUCAAGGACUGACCUCUGUCAUGGCUAAUAGUGUUUACAAUGUCUACUAAGAUCUGUUUUGAUGACAUGGAAGAUAAGGUUGUAUUGAAGUUUAUUACUGGCAAAACAAUCCAAACAAACUGAAACAGGUUCUGAGUAUUAUCCAGUCAGCUAGCUUUAGCACUAGCUCUGUGGUCACUAGCUUUGGUUUGGGUAAGCUCACGCCUUUAUUGGAACUUUAUGGUGACACAUACAAGACAACCUUAGGAUGGCAAGUUUAAAUGUGCAGACAUGCAUUUGUAUGUUUUCAUUAUUAAAAAAGAUAUUGACUUUA